AGUCGGGUUUCUGCGCUUGCCGGUGUCGGGUGUGUGUUCUUCUCGGCUCUACACUUUCGUAUUUAUAGUUUUAUUUAAUGUAAAAAACACUGUUUUUAUAAGUUAAAUUAGAGUUGUAAAUUAAAGUUCGUUCUUUUAUAGCUGUGUGUAACCUUUUACAAGUGUGCAAAGUAACUUUUAAGUGUGUUUUAGGAAUAUUUUAUUUUUAGUGUUUAAAAUUAUACGAGUCUGCAAUCAUUCCAAAGGCACGCACCAUGGCUAAAACAGAGAAAUCAUUUCCAAGAAACUUCACAGGCUGUCUAACAUGUGUGCAAGUGCUGAACAUCAUGGUGCUCCUGGGGUUCAUGUUGAACUACGCCCUCAGAGUCAACCUGACGAUCGCCAUAGUGGAGAUGAUCUACGACGCCAACGACAACGCCACCGCCACAGUUGCGCACACGCACAACGUUACACAGCAUCCAGAACACAUAGAGCAGACGCGAUACCACUGGGACACCAAGGAGAAGAACCUUCUCCUAGGGUGCUUCUUCUGGGGCUACGUGCUCACCGAGCUGCCGGGGGGCCGGCUCGCAGAGAUCAUCGGCGCUAGACGAGUCUUCGGCUACAGCACGCUCCUGGCCAGCGUGCUGACCCUCCUGACUCCCGGAGCCGCUGCUGCAGGCUUCGGAUGGGUGGUGGCUGUCAGGGUCAUACUUGGCUUCCUGCUCGGAGCCACUUGGCCCGCCAUCCUUCCCAUGGCUUCUAAGUGGAUCCCGCCAAUGGACCGGUCCAAAUUCAUGUCCAAUAUGAUGGCCUCUUCCUUAGGCGCGGCCAUGACGAUGCCGAUAUGCGGGUUCCUCAUAGCACACUUCGGUUGGGAAUCUGCCUUCUACUUUACUGGUAUAAUCGGCGUGAUGUGGUCGGUGGCGUGGUUCGCGGUGGUGUACGACACUCCUGCGCAGCACCCGCGCAUUUCCGACACCGAGCGCAACUUCCUCAUGAAAGCACUGCCCCAAGACAGCGGGAACAAAGGACACCAGCCAGUCCCCUGGCGACAGAUGCUGUCGUCCCCGCCGGUGUGGGCGCUCAUCAUCACCCACGGAGCCUCCGUGUUCGGAUACUUCACCGUCGUCAACCAGCUGCCCACCUACAUCGAGAGCAUCCUGCAUUAUAAUAUUAAACAUAACGGGCUACUUUCCUCUCUCCCGUACCUGGGCAAGUACCUGUGUGCGCUGGCGUCGUCAGUGCUGGCGGACUCCCUGCGCAGGAGUGGCAAGCUGUCCACCACGGCAGCUAGGAAGCUGUUCACGUUCUUCGCUGUCGGCCUACCUGGCAUUCUGAUGUUGGCGCAAGCGUUCUUCGGUCACGACAGGGUGUGGUCGAUCGCCAUCUUCACAGCAGCUCUGACCAUCAACGGAGCCGUCACAGCUGGGUACCUCGGCAACGGGCUAGAUAUAGCGCCCAAUUUCAGUGGAACCAUCUUCGGCAUGGCCAACACGCUAUCGUCGUUCGGGGGUUGGCUGUCUACUUUCAUGGUCGGAGAACUUACCAAAGAAACUAACACGUACGAGCGAUGGCAGAUAGUAUUCUUCAUCCUCGCCGGAACCUACAUCGCGGGAGCGCUUUGCUUCGUCACCAUGGGCUCUGGAGAACUGCAGUCCUGGAACAACAGGAUUGAGGAGGACAAGCCCAAGGAGGAAGAACCACUUAACGAGGAAAAAGCUUAACUUGAGGAGGGGGUGAGGAUUAUUUAGGGAAUGUAAUUCUGGUAUCGAUUACGAUGUAAGGAUUUGUCGUAACUUAUACUGGGGUUAUAUUGUCUACGCAGACGAAAUAGGCUCUCAAUGAGGAAAAAGCUCAACUUGAGGAAGGGGUGAGGAUUAAGGUAGAAUAUAGUUCCGGUAUUGCUUAUGAUGUGAUUGUCGUAACUUAUACUGGGGUUAUGUUGUCUAUGAAGUCGAAAUAGUGACUAAGGUUUUUGUGUCUGUGGUUUAUCUUUCAUGAGGCCAAUAAAUAAAAUUAUAACGCCAUGGAUAUGUUAACGUCCAUCUCAUUGUUACAUUCGUAAAUAGUGGAACUUUGAUUGUUUUAUGCUUCCUCCGGUUGAUGGAGGGGAUGCCUGUGCCCAGCAGUGGGACAUAUUAUAGGCUGUUUAUGUAUGAAUAUAUACGAAUAUUAUAUAUGAAGUUUGACAUUAUAUAAUUCAUCUUUGACCCCGGUUAUCGACAUCUCUUAGCGUUAUCCCGUUUUCACGGAGUCCGCUUACUAAACCUUAUGAUUUGAAAGGUCCGGUUUUGUACAGAAGCGACUGCCCCUAACCUUCCAACCCGACGGGCAAACCAGCUCAUUGCAGGUAUACACACACACAUACAUAGGGUCACAUAUUUGCUAAACACACAUAUUUUUGACCUGGUCAUCUACAAUUAUUCCACAGACACAAAAUCUUCCAACCACUAUAUGAAGUCUAGACUGAAUUUAAGUUUUGUCAAAAGUGUACAAAUAAAUUACCCGAACGGGGAUUUGGACAACAUGCAUUAAAACAAACUUCAAACCCUUAAAAAGUGUAUAUCUUUAAUCUGUGGAGGAAGUAAUAAUUUACUUAUAAUAUUUACUUGGCGGCCUAAAAAAGCUAUAUUGAAGCAAUUCAUCCAAAGAAACAUUUACGCAUAUGAAAAAAGUAAGUCAAAAAAUGAAAACUUUCCCUGUAUUUCACUACACAGUCAAUCACAUCCAUCAAAGGAUAACAAUUCCAAUUGUCUCCUGAUGUGCCUGUUAAUUCACAAGAAAAAAUAUCAUAACUAAAUAUUUUUUCAUUUUCUCCUCGAGAUUAAAUGUAUUCAAUACCCACUCAAGACAAAACUUAAUUAAAAGUCUUUGGUUUCAGGGCGGUUAAAAAUGCCAUAUCGAAGCAAUUUAUCUAAUAAAGCAAUAUUGCAAUUCGACAUUUGCGCAUAUAAAAGUAAGUGCGCAAUGCAAACAAAUGUCAACUAGCAAUAUUGCUUUUUUAGAUGAAUUGCUUGUAGUCUUUUUAAUCCCCUGAAAACGCUAAGUAUUUCUUAGUCACAUUCUAAUAAAAGUGAUCAAAAUAUAUUUGCAAUUUUAUGCAAUAGCUAAAAAUAUUUACGCUAUUUCUUUGAAAAUUGCUAUAAAAUCUUUUAGCUAUUUCACAUUGGAAUAGUAAUUGUAUUUCUUAAGUUUUUUGGUCUAUAAUAUGUCCAACGAGAAUCGGCUUUUGUGGUAUAAAAAUAUGCAAGAAUUGCAUAAUCCAUUUAACUAUAUUUUGAAAGUCUAUUCUCAGGCAUUAUUAGUCAAAAUUAUUGUAUAUUUUUAGCGGAAUUUUAGUCUUUUUAAAUUAUCUUUUUUUUAUUAUAGCCCAAGAAACUUACACGGAAUUAUAAAUGAAUUAAAAAAUGAAUAAAAAAGAAACAAAAAAAGGCUGUUAAUGUUAAUGAUUGUGAUUUAUUUUUAAUGUACCUACCGGCUUGCGCAACGGACUACGAUUCUCAUUUUGUACUAUUUAUGAAACAUCACAUUAUAUAGUACGGCUGAAACGCGAACGGUUGUUAUUUAUUUUACGAAUUGAACAAUAUUAUGUUUUAUUUAUGACGCAAAACAUUUAAUUCAAAAUGUGUACAUUACGCAUGAUUUAUUAAAAUGCGCCAUUCUCUUUCGGCCGUACUAUAGUUUAGGUCUAACACCGAUUGACUUUAUAAAAUAGACGGAAAUCUUCAAAUACACAAUAUACUUUUUAAGUUUAAAAAACUGACAAUGUUGUAAUUAUAAAAACUAUAAACGCGACGAUUUAACUAGCCACCUCGCAUCAGGGGUGUAGCGUAUUCGUGAGGUGUUUAGUUAUUUCGCACGGGUUAUUAUAAUUAUAUGUUAAUAGUAGUGCCGAUUCCAGUAUACAUGGUGUGUUCCAGUAACUCCUGUACACACCAUCUAAUUUUAUUUCAAGUUAUACCUGUCAUUUUCUUUUCCGCCGAUAAGGGAAGGGACGGGUAAUCGACAGGCAUAAAAUUUAUGGAACAUGUCAAUUUUAGACAGAAGUUUAUUAGCGGGUGAGAGCCUUCAGCGCUCCCCAUUUGUCCGGCCAAGUAGUUAAUGCCAUCUGUGGCAAAUCUACAAUAAGUCAGGUAAAAAAAAGGCAGAAGUUAAAAAAACCCUUCCAAAAUUUUAUAUUGGCUAAUAU